GCAAAUCGAUCCAUGCUUUUGUCACUGGGAUUAAGGAAGGUUACGUCUCUAUCUUCAAAACUUUUUCUGAGAAAGAAUAUAAGUUUCCAGAGCUUACAGCGACAAUAUCACCUUACGAUGGCCUCCAAUCGUAGACCAGAACAUACAGCUCCUCCAGAACUGUUUUAUAAUGAUGAUGAAGCAAGGAAAUACACAUCUAAUUCAAGAAUGAUAGAGAUUCAAAUGACCAUGUCUGAGAGAGCAAUAGAACUCCUGUCUCUUCCCGAAGACACUCCUUCCUUCAUUUUGGAUAUUGGUUGUGGUUCUGGUUUGAGUGGAGAAGCUCUGACAGAGCAAGGCCAUCAUUGGGUAGGAUUGGAUAUCAGUUCAAGCAUGUUAGAUAUAGCUAUAGAGAGGGAGGUCGAUGGUGAUGUUUGUCUGGCAGAUAUGGGUCAAGGCAUCUUCUUCAAACCAGGGACAUUCGAUGGUGCAAUAAGUAUAUCAGCUCUUCAGUGGCUUUGCAAUGCGGACAAAAAAUCACAUCACCCUCCGAAAAGGUUAUACAAAUUCUUCUCGACCCUCUAUGGAGCUCUGAGGAGAGGUAGUAAAGCAGUCUUCCAAUUUUAUCCAGAGAACCCCAAUCAGCUGGAGUUGAUCACAUCACAGGCAAUGAGGGCGGGGUUCACAGGAGGACUGGUGGUAGAUUUUCCCAACAGCACAAGAGCGAAGAAGAUGUUUCUAUGUUUAUUUGCUGGAGUUAGUAAUCCAACACUACCCAAGGCUCUUGGUACAGGUAAUGACAGAGGUGUCCCUACCCAGGCUUCCUUCACAGAUUCUCGUAUGCGAUAUAGAAACAUGAAGGGAAAGAGUGUAAAGAAGAGUAGAGAAUGGAUCAAGGAGAAGAAAGAGCGAAGGAGAAGACAAGGAAAGGGAGAGGUGAGGCCAGACUCCAAGUAUACAGGAAGGAAACGAUCAGGAAAAGCCUUCUGAAAUUGCCAGUUUGAGGAGUGACUUCUGAGUUUGCCAAUUUGAGGAAUGAUCUCUUUCACAGCUGCAUUCCAAAAUGGCAUGCA